AAAGUAUGUAUGAGAGUUGACUGUAUAGUUUAUAGUAAUUUUAUAGGCUAAACAGGUUUAGCAUAGGUCAGUGCCUUGCUAAGUGUGGUUUGUAGAUAGGAUGCGCUAGGUUUCUGCAUUUCUAUAAAAAUGGAUCGAUUGCCGAUAUUGAUUUGUAUAGCAGCACUAACAUGUAUUCUGCACUGCCAAGGUGAAGGAGAAACGGUUCUAUCAGCUGUCUUAACUCCUAACGAGAAAUCUCUGCUACGGCAAGGAAGAAGCUACUACGAGAGAUAUGGCUACGGUCGACCGUACGACAGGUUAGACGACAGACCGUCAAGGUGCGGCCGAUGUGAUGACGAUGAUGAUGAUGACGAUGAUGAUUAUGAUAGAGGGCGAGGCAGAGAUGACGAUAGACGAUCCAACAGACCAACAUACGGCAGCAGGAAUGACAAGAAUGAUAGAAAUAAAUACGAUGAUGAUGAUAACAGAAGAUACGAUGAUAGAAAUGAUAGAAACAACAAAAACGGAACUGAUGACAGUGAUGAUAGGAAACAUAACGAUGACAAAGACGAAAAGCCUCAUCGAAGAAGGAACAAGAACAGAAAUAGAUACGACGAGAGAGACAGAUAUAGGCCUGAUUACUACGACCGCUUUUUAAGGGAUCCGUACAGAGAUAGGUACGAUGAUCCAUAUAGGCGGCCUGCUUACGACAGGUAUUACCCGGAUAGGUAUGACGAUUAUGGAAGAGAUGGGUAUUACUCUUCAUCGGGUUAUAGACGGCCGUUGUAUGAGGACAGAUAUGAUAGGGGUAGUGGAUAUUUGGAUGGUUACGGUGGAUAUGGACCAGGAGUCGGACGAGGACCUCAUGAAAGUUUCAGGCCAUGGGAUGAGACGUAUCGGGGUCAGGCGGGCUGGGAUUCGGCUGGUCGCGGUUACUACUUCGCUUCAGGUCGACCGGAUUCCACUGCUUGGGGGCAACAGCAAUACGCUAGGCCUGCUACGUCUAGUGGCGGUUUGCAGAACGUUGGCUACACAACCGGGUAUAGUGGAGGAUACAGCGGCUACAGGGAUCCGGUAUACCGAGGAUCCGCGUACGCCGGGGCCGCUGGAGGAUACCAGGAUCUGAAUGCAGGAGGAUACAGCCAGUCCAGCGGCUGGCGUAAUGUAGGGGAGCGAAGACCUUACCGGGAUCAGAGCGGCGUGGCACAUUUAGACACAAAAGUGACUCAAGAACAAGCCCCUACGUACGACCGUUACGGACAGAAUCGACCGAGCUACCAACCGAACACGUACUCGCCCCAAUCAGGGAGCUACUCGCAGAGCUCCUCCUCAACUCCUGGCACCAGCUACCUCUUCCAGAGAGAGGAUGAGGUGGUUACGCAGCCAGACACCACUGUGCCUCCAGCGUAGGGGUACAUAAAAUUUAGGGUAAUAUUAUUAAUGCGAAAGUAUGUUUGUUUCCAAUCAACUUCAUUUUAAACAUAGAGUUUUUUGAAAGAACGGUGAAUAACCUAUGCUAAUGUCUAUCCCAGGAUAACAAAUUGUUCUCACGGGAUUUGUAAAAGACGCGGACUGGCAAAACAGGCAACAGCUCUUUAUAAAUUGAUAUAUAAGAUUGGAUAGAUAAAAGCAUUACUUUAUUGAAGUCCAUGACAUGUAAUGAACAGUAAAGCGAAGGUCACGAAAAGGCAUCGGACUUGCUUCCUUACUUAUUUUCAAGUUUAAAUCAAGUGUGCGACCAUUAACAAGACACUCAAACGGACUUUACUUUGGAUUGGCCGCGCGCAGGACUCAAUAUAAACGCCGUCGCGAACGCAGGUUUUGUCGCCGCGAUUUGGCUUUGCCUUUAGCGGCAUUAAAUCACAAUACUCUUGCUGAAACGGGCAAGUAAAAACCUUUCACAAUGAUACGAUUAUUCCAAUCUCAACACACUUAUCUUGGAAUUUAAUUACUGAAAAGAUGGUGAA